AUGUCUGAUAGCGGGGACAGUGAUGUUGCGUGGACUUACUACAAGGACCGUCCUGAAUGGCGAGAUGUUGCACCAGUUCCGGAAGAUGAAGGACCUAAUUUCGUGGUGGUUAUAGCUCAUUCUGAAAAAUUUGUUGAUGUGUAUGAUUAUUUCCGAGCGAUCCUCCAAAAUAAUGAAAAGUCAGAACGAGCUCUGCACCUUACAAAAGAUGCAGUAGAACUGAAUCCUGCCAAUUAUACUGUUUGGCAAUACAGAAGAGACUUACUGAAAUCCCUGGGAACAGAUUUGACUUCAGAAUUAGAAUAUGUAGAAGCUGUUAUAAAGAAUUCGCCUAAAAACUAUCAGGUAUGGCAUCAUCGAAGAGUCUUGGUAGAAUGGCUUCAAGACCCUUCGCUAGAGUUGGAACUUACAAGAGAUGCCCUCAUGCAAGAUCCUAAGAAUUAUCAUGCAUGGCAACACAGGCAAUGGGCUAUAAAAACUUUUGGGCUUUAUGACCGGGAAAUGGAUUUCGUUGACCAUCUUAUCACAGAAGACGUGCGCAACAACUCAGCGUGGAACCAGCGUUACUUCGUCGUUAACAAUCAUCUAGGCUGGUCAGACCUGAAUGUUCAAAAGGAAAUCUGCUACGCUUUAGAAAAAAUCAAAUUUAUCAAGAACAACGAGAGUGCAUGGAACUAUUUGAGAGGGGUAUUACUACAUGACAAACGAAGUAUUAGUGGCAACGCUGUAGUGAUAUCAUUCUGUGAAGAACUUUACAAGAACAAGUGUCGUUCGCCGUAUUUGUUAGCAUUUAUCAUUGAUAUUUGUGACGCACGCGAUAAAGAAAGGGGAGACUAG